AUGCUCAUCUCUGAAUCUUUUAGCUCCGCUGCCAUCUCUAUGUGUCAGCUCCCUGCGGUUUACGCGCCGGGCAUAUCACUGCGAUGGUGCAUGAGCAGCGAGGACAGAGAGGAGAGUGUCUGCUUAAUCAGACAGACAGCCUGCUCCUCCCGAGGCCCAGGGACCAGCAGUCUCCAUCUUCACAUCUUCAAUGACAGGAAUCCUCUCUUUGUCCUUGACCCCUGUUAUUUGCCAAAACUGGGGGAAUAUUCAGCAAAACAGCAGCCUCUCUUGGGAAGCUUUACAGUUUUCGCCACAAUAAUUGGUUGUCGGAUGGACCAGCAUCCCAGCGCCCGGAACUGCACCAGUCGCGGAGCUUCGUCCUGCGAGGCCGUCCCGACUGAGCCAUCCAUGAAUCUCUACAUCCACUCUACCACCGGCACACGCUUCGAGCUCUCCCUGCCCCAGGAGGAGACUGUGGAAGGACUCAAGAGGAGGCUGUCGCAGCGUCUCAAAGUACCUAAAGAAAGACUCGCUCUGUUACACAAAGAAUCGCGACUUAGUUCAGGUAAACUCCAGGAUCUGGGCAUAUCUGAUGGGAGCAAGUUAACGCUUGUUCCAACAGUCGAAGCAGGAUUAAUGUCUCAAGCAUCUAGACCCGAACAGUCCGUCAUGCAGGCUUUGGAGAGCCUCACCGAAACUCAGGUCAGCGACUUCCUGUCAGGCCGUUCUCCGCUCACCCUGGCGCUGCGCGUUGGAGACCACAUGAUGUUUGUGCAGUUGCAAUUGGCGGCGCAGCAGUCCGGAGGACCCCAGCUCCAGCACAGACAUGUCAUCACUCGGGGCAGUGGGGAAAGCAGCGUGGCACAGCCCACUGGACAGCCUCGUGUGCCCAACCCGCACGCCCACUCGCAACAUCCACACAGCCCCAGCUCACACGUGCCCUCAGCCCAAACUUCCUCCACCCCUCCUUCAGUGCCCGUGUCCUUCCCCAUGCCCUCCACGCACCACCAGCCUCUACCUCCCAUGUACCACCCGUCCACCACAUCUGCUCACUGUAGUCCCCCAACUCCGCCUCCCAUGCCCCACUCCCCUCGGCCGUCCCACAUGCCCGCAAGUCUGUUUCGAUCUCCAGCGCAUCACCACCAUCAUCACUACUACCACCAGCCUUCGUCCAGCCAGUCCAGCCACAGCAUGAGCCAGCCCAGCCCUGUAGCCCCAGUCUUGUGCCCAGAGGCAAACUGCAGCACCACCACCAGCCCAAAUAGUGGAAGCAGCUCCUCCUCCCGCUCCUCCUCCUCCUCCUCCUCCCGCAAACCUGGAGCCAUCAUUGAGAGCUUUGUGAACCAUGCUCCCGGAGUUUUCUCAGGGACUUUUUCAGGCACAUUGCACCCAAACUGCCAGGACAGCACAGGACGUCCCAGGCGAGAUAUUAGUACCAUCCUUCAAAUCCUAAAUGAUCUAUUGAGUGCGACUCGUCACUACCAGGGCAUGCCCCCGUCUCUGACACAGUUGCGAUACCAGACCCAAUGUGGAUCGCCCACAACUCUAUCUCCGCCACCAUCACCCCCGGUUACUGGCAUGGCAGAGCUCGCUGCCAAAGCUACCUCAGUGCCCUCCUGCAGCCGCAGCAGCCCCCCUCCGGCCCUCCAUCCUCUGGUGCAGUGUCAGAGCGAGAUCCACAUGUGCAAGCCUCCUGGUGACCGGCUGCGUCAGACGGAAAACCGCGCCACUCGCUGUAAAGUGGAGCGCCUGCAGUUGUUGAUGCAGCAGAAGAGGCUGCGCAGGAAGGCUCGACGGGACCACCGCGGACCCUACCACUGGCUGCCCAACCGCAAAUCCGGCCGCAGCAACAGCAACAGCAGCAUGUCUAGCGAGGGCUCUCUGGAUCUGGACUUCGAAGACUCAGUGUGGAAGCCCGAUGUGAAGGCUGACCUAAAGUCCGAGUUUGUCAUGGCCUAA